AUGGGUUGUGGAGGUUCGAAACUCGAAUCUGACGACGAUACCGCUCCACCAGGACUUCGUCCAUUCCGCCGUAGGAUUGAUGAGAUUAGACAGCGUAGGAGUGGCCGUACCGUAUCAAAGGACGACGCCCUCUCUUCCAAACAGCUUCUCAAUAAUGAAGGAGAAGAUGGUCACCACCACCACUAUCUGCCGGACGAUCCCGACCAGAUCCAAAAGAACGUGUCAUCACAGCCACCUGAGAACGAAAGGUCGGACAAGGGAUCGUCUACAUACGAAAAGGAACAGAGCAACAAUGACCACCACCAUCCGAUGGAUGCUCCCGACUCCGAGAUGCGAAUGACCGUGUCGUCACCAUCUCAGAAUGAGAUCGUAGGGUCGGGCAUGAGACAGUCCACACCCGAAAACGAUCAGAACAACAACAACAACAACAACAAGAAUGUGGAAUCCGAUAAACCUGAUACGGAUGUAGUUUCACCCGGCAAAGAGAAAGAUAGGGAGGGAGAAGAUAAGUGGCACGAGGGGGACAGAAAGGAAGAUAAUAGUAGUGGUAGUGAUGAUGAAAAGGAAAUAGAUGGAUAUGGUGAAGGAGGCGAGAUCGGGCCUGGAUCCCCAAGUUUAAGAAGAGAAGGUGGUAAUAUCUAUGAGGACGGCCGCCAGAUCGGGCCUGGAUCCCCCAGUUUCAGAGAGUAUUUCAACUCGUCAUCUAGUAAUGUGGCCAACAAAGAUUCGGCCGAUGCUGGCAAUGGAGAGGAUAGGAGCUCUGGGGUGAAGAUGGAGGAUAAACUAUCACAAAGGAAGGAGAGUAGUUCAUGUUCAAGUGAGGCAUCAGUGGACAAAUUUGUGAAGAAAGAAAAUAAAGGAAGGAUAUUUAAGAAUGUUUUACCAAAGGGCAAGCAAGGUGGUGUAAAGAAUUUGUGGAACGUCGGAUCAUGCUAUCACCCUUCCAGCGCCUCUGUUCAUAGAAAAGUUGAUGCAUGA